AUGGAUCAACAAUCUUCAAAACCAGUACCUGUCUUCUACUGCUGCUAUCUUUUACAGUCAAUCUGCAAGAGGCAAUCAUUUUACAUAGGAUCGACUCCUAAUCCAGUGAGAAGACUACGGCAGCAUAAUGGUAUACUGACUAGAGGGGGUGCCUAUAGAACCAGAAGAGAAGGUACGAGACCAUGGGAGGUGAUUAUGGUAGUAUAUGGAUUUCCUUCUAAGAUCACAGCUUUACAAUUUGAGCAUGCCUGGCAACAUGGAUACAAGACACAUUACAUUGCAGAUGACGAACGAAUAGUGCGGAAUAAAAAUGGUGGUAGAACAAUUCAUCAUAAAUUAGGGACUGCCAGAUUGUUGGCCAAAAACAUUUACUUCCAACGAAUGGAUUUAGUGGUCCACUUUUUCAAUGCAGAUGUGGAAUCCAUUUGGAUACAAAAUAAGUACAAUAUUAAUGACAUGGGGUUAAUUACAGUGGAAAAUUCACCAUCGCCAACAAUUGCUCCAACGGUAGAGAAUGCUGUAGAUUACUCUGAAUCGAAUCUAAAAUUAGUGGAGCAAUUUCUCAAUGGGUUUUUCGAUAGAGAUAUGGGAGUUUGCCAAAUAUAUCGAGAAAGGUUGACAUUUGGAGAAAUACCUUGCGGAAUAUGCCAAACUACCUUCGAUUACACUUCUGAUAAUCCUCAAUUGAAACCAUUUAUAGCAUUUUGUGUUCACGAAGAUUGCAGCUUUGUAGCACAUUUGGGAUGUCUUCAUAGGUAUUUCUUAGAUGAAGAACAAUUACAAGAUGGGAUUAGAAACCUCAUACCAAGAUAUGGUAAAUGUCCAGAUUGUUCCCAAAUUGUUAAAUGGACCCAUCUAGUCAAAUAUUCAAGCAUGCUUAAAUCUUCUCAUGGGACGUAG